CUGACGUCUAGCCUGAGCAAUGUACUCAGUGGCCUCCUUCUCUUGGAGCUCCCUGAUUUUGGAGCGGGCAUAUUUACCCAAGAAGUACACACCUGUAUGGAGGGCAAAGUGGUCAAAUUCUUUUUACGAGCAUAAUGCAAAGUUGCCAUGACAACGGAGGAGCAGUGCCGGAAAGUUGGUUUUUAUCCAACGAACGAGGAAGUCGCGAAGUGGAUGGACCGCGCGUUUGACAUGGCAAAAGAUGCCUUGGACAAUGGAGAAGUUCCAGUAGGAUGUUUGAUGGUCCACAAAAAUGAAGUGGUCGGGAGUGGACGGAAUGAAGUCAACGAGACCAAAAAUGCCACACGACAUGCAGAAAUGGUGGCACUGGACCAGCUCCUGGAUUGGUGUCGCCAAGGCAAACAGGAAGUGAGGAGCGUGUGCGAGCAGACGGUUUUGUACGUCACGGUGGAGCCGUGCAUCAUGUGCGCUGCCGCACUCCGCCUGAUGAACAUUCCGGUGGUGGCGUACGGUUGCCGGAACGACCGCUUCGGCGGCUGCGGCUCCGUCCUGGACGUGGCCUCGGCGGAGCUACCUCGCACAGGAACCUCUUUCAAGUGCAUCUCGGGCCACAGAGCAGACGAAGCCGUGGAGAUGCUGAAGAUGUUCUACAAGCAGGAGAACCCAAACGAGGCGUGCCGCGAGCCGAGUUUCGACGUCCAGGGAGGCCGUUAGCCGAGCUUCGGUGGCGGCGGAGGCCUUUAGCCGAGCUUCAGUGUCCGAGCCUAACAGCCUCUGAUGCCUGGAAGCUCAACUCGCGGUCCGCUGCCGGAGCUCGCUCGUCAGACUCCGCGUCAUUCCGCCUGAAGAACCAUCCGGAUAUUCAACAUUAUUACAGCCACAGGUUUAAAUCUGUAUGGAAGUAUUCCUCCGUCUUCCCGAUCAACUGAUACUGUUAUUUCUUCACCAGAUGAGGAUAAAUACAAGAAAUCGGCGCUGGGCAUAAAUGGUGUCCCUUUGUUGCGGAACGGUACACGUUACAUCCACACACGUAGGUCAUGUGACUCGCAAAAAUGGCAGCACCUUAAAAUUUGUAAUUGUCUAUUAUAAUCUUCUCAAAACACUAAUGAGAGAGGAUUUAACAUCACAUUGUCAAAAUAGGGUACAUAUUACAUGACCUAUUGAUACACUGUUCAUGCAAAGCACUGGAUUUCCCCUUUAAGCACAUUCAAAUGUCACCUAAAACACACAUUGGUAAUCUUAUUUUUACACAUGACAGUAAAUAAAUGUUUAAAUGUGACUUAAUAUCAUGGUUAGAAAUAUGCACACGCUUUCAGUUUUUCAGACAGAAACAUCUUCUC